AUGAUUAAACCCGACCCACCGCGCCUGUGCCGGGUCUCAGGCGAAGAGCCCCGCUGGCCGGCGCGGGGGGAGGAGACGGAGGAGGGGACGAGAGAGCUAGCGGUCCCGCCCGGUGAUGUAGGCAGCCGGGGGAGGUGGAGCCGCGACGCCUGGAGGAGUCCCCACCGCAGUCGCGGCUCUCGGUCUACCCCUCCGAGCAGCCAGCCUCCAGCCCCGGCUCCGGCGACCUCCCCGCCGCCGCAGUUGGGCGGCAGGGACCUCGGGGUGUCCCCCUCUUCGGAUCUGGGGGGGCGCGUCUCGACCCCGCCCAGCCCCUGCCCCUCCUGGCUUCCCGGACGGCUGGAGCGACUCCCGGGGGAAGCUGUUCCCGGACGCUCAGGGCCGUCGCCCGGGCAUCUCGGCUGCCAGCCCGGCUGGGCACCGGGCAUCUGCGAAGCCAGCUAG